UGGUGGCGUGGCACCGCCCGGCGGGGCGGGGGACUGGCAGGGGAGGUGGCCGUGCCACCGCCCCUCGGCGGGACCCCCCUGGGGAGCGGUGCGGGCGGCCAGCGCCGAGCCAGCUCUUGUCCUGCGUUGCCAGAGGCUGUCGCCAUGACCCUCACCAAAGGCUCCUUCACCUACUCCAACGGGGAGGAGUACCGCGGCGAGUGGAAGGAAGGUCGCAGGCAUGGCAUCGGGCAGCUGACAUUUGCCGACGGCACCGCUUACGUGGGACACUUCGAGAACGGUCUCUUUCACGGCUGUGGUGUGCUCACCUUCUCCGAUGGCUCCAGGUACGAGGGGGAGUUUGUGCAGGGCAAGUUCAACGGCGUCGGCGUCUUCACCCGCUGUGACAACAUGACCUUUGAGGGCGAGUUCAAAGGCGGGCGCGUGUAUGGUUUUGGUCUCCUGACCUUCCCGGACGGCUCCCACGGGGUGCCCCGCAACGAGGGCUUCUUCGAGAACAACAAACUGCUGCGGCGGGAGAAGUGCCCGGCCAUCAUCCAGAGGGCCCAGGGCGCCUCCAAGUCUGCCCACAACCUGAUGGCGUGACGGUGCCCCGCAUCCCCCUCCUGCUGCGGUGGGGACCCCCACACCAGGCACUGGCUGGCCCCGCUUCCCCGGAGCAGGGAUGUGGCACUGCUGUGUGGCCCCCCUGCCCUCUGCCUGCUGGCCACCCAGCCUUGGCGGGGCCGGGGGUCCGCAGCAAGCCCCCUUGCUGAACCCCUGCCAGUGCGGGGGGAUGGGGCCCCCCUCUCUCCACCUAAGUGCCCCAGGGUGGCUGUGGUGCCUUCUCUCUCUGGCUGUAGCCCUAGCACCCGCUGGAGCAGCCGGGACCCAGCCCCUCUCCCCUCUCAGGAAGGCUGCGGAUCACCGGGGCUGCCAGCUGGCCGCAGGGGACAGAGUGGGGGUGUAGGGGCUGGGGCUGGCCCCGUAUCCCACUGCCAGGGUGCCUUGGUCAUGGGCUGUUGGCUGGACCACGCACCCACAGAGGGGCAGCUCCUGGCCCGCUUUGCUACCCUGGUCCUGAGGCAGGGUGGGCACCCCGUGGCCUGUGCCCUCAGCUCUGGGUGACCGACCAUCCCCCAGCGUGCCCUGGGCAGGGUGACAUGGUGCCCCCAAAGGACCCAGCUUGCUCUCAGGGCCAGUUGAGGGUCUGUAUCCCCCUCAUCCCUGUGCCAAUUCUGCCCACCCAUUGCCUUGGGGACAUGUGCAGCAGCAUCCCCACCAAGGGGGACAGGGGGACGCCCUGCCUGGCCCGUGUCUGCUGCACACUGCGGGUGGGCAGGAGCGAUGACGAGCAAGGAGCAGGGUCAGCCAGAGCCCAGGAUGAGGGGCAUGAGCAGGGCUGCAUGGGGUGCAGGGGGCCUGGGGAGGGCAGGCGGGGAUAGGGGCAUGGCGAGGCGGCAGGGGGCACACAGCUCCCAGUCUUGUCCCCCGCACGCAUCCUUCAUCUCCCUGCUUUGUGCUCACCCCCCGGUGCGGCCUGGCUGGCCACGGCGCGGGGGUCCCGGCAGCCCUCGCAGCCCGGUGGUGGGCUGGAGGGGCCGUGCCCUCCCUGCCGGUCUCUGCCCGCACCGGUCCUGUGCCUUGCCGUGACCCUGCCUUGUGCUGCCGCCUGCACGGGCCUCAGCUGAGUAAACCACGUUG